AUGAAAUUCACUACAGUAAAUCAUAUUACUCACGACACGGCGCGACCGACUGUUAAUUUGACCACCCGUGGAGGCAAGAGAUACUUGAUUGGGAAAGUUCCAGAGGGCACACAACGUAUCAUCAAUGCCGUUGGAGCAGAUGUCAAGUACCCAAAGCUAGAUGCCAUUUGCAUCACUGGUGCAGUGACAAGCUGGCUGGAUAUCGGUGGUCUUCCUGGACUAUUUCUUACAAUUUGCGAUGCCGUGCAGAAAGGUGUGAAACUAGUUGGGAAUGGCGCAUUGUUGUCGUACAUCAUCACUACAUGGAGACUAUUUGUGUUUCGUCAUGGUAUUGACUUGGAUAUCAUAAAUGCCAAUACUGAUAAUCAGCAACAAGUGAUUCUCGAAAACGAUGAGGUUAAGAUACUGUCUAUACUUAUUUCACCUCAAGGAUUUGAGGCUGAUUCCGAUACUCCCAAACUGAGCGUCUACAAUGCUAUUCAAAAACUUGCUUCAUUUAUGUUCCCCAAAGAUACAAGUGCGGUUAAUAGCCGUGAUCCCGAAUCUUACAAGUCGGACCCUACACAAAGAGAUCUUCACACACAUGUCGAUUUGCCCAAUGUCCAAACGUUGGUUCCAUUCCAAAAAGCAAUCUCUUACUGUUUUGACUUUGCUCCAGUUCGAGGUACUUUUGAUGCCAAAAAGGCGAUUGCAUUAGGAUUGAAGCCUGGUCCUAUAUUUAGAGACUUGACGGACGGGAAAAGUGUUGUUGCUGCAAAUGGUGACGUGAUAAAACCAGAACAAGUUAUGGGCCCAGCAAAAGUAUUUCCCAAAGUUUUGUUUAUCGAUAUUCCAAGUAAGGAAUAUUAUGAGAAUACGAUUACCAGCACAAAGUGGUUUGAAUACGAAAACUUGGGUUUAGUAUACCAUUUCCUCGGCGAUGAUAUUCCAUUUGAUAUGGACAAGUAUAAAUCUGAAUUUAUUGACAAGUUCCCACCAACCACAAGACAUUAUAUCAGCCAUAGACUGAUUGCAAACAAUGUCAUUGUUAAUGAUAGAUUUGCCACUCUUCAUAUUAGGGCAAAAGCAUUUAUGAAUGAAAACUUUAAUUUGAUGGAUCUGCAAAAGUUUGAAAAAGAGUGGUUUAGUGGUGUUGGUGGUGGUGGUGGUGGUGAUGAUAGAGUGCAAAGGCUUCACGCGCUUCAGGAAGUUAUGCUCAUUGAAAAUAGUGUCAAGCAAGAGAAUGCAUAUGCAUCGAAGUCAUCAAACGAAAGUUUGUUUCCAGAGGCAGUUAUUGGUUUGGAAGGGAAAAAUGAUUUAGAAUUCAAGACUUUGCAAGAUACAAAGUUCAAUUUGCACCCACAACAGGCAGAAAAUGUGUCACUUAAGGAAUCGGUGCAUAUAUGCACUCUUGGUACAGGCUCGGCAUUGCCCACUAUAUACAGAAAUGUUUUAUCGAACCUUUUACGAAUUCCAUACCAAAAUGAGGCUGGAGAGAUUUCAUAUACUUCGAUUUUCCUCGACUCUGGAGAGAAUACUUUGGGAAGUUUGUUGCGAAACUUUGGCCAUGACUCAUGUCAUGAUUUAAAUGUCAUAUUCAAGGAGCUCCGUCUUCUCCACUUGUCUCAUUUACAUGCUGACCACCACCUUGGUACUAUUUCCCUCAUUAAUUACUGGUUUGAGGUCAAUGCUUCUGGAACAUUGUAUUUAAUCAUCCCAUGGCAAUUUAUGACAUUUAUUAAGGACUGGUACAAUUUGGAAGGGCAGUAUCAUUCUAAUUUUGAUAUUUCAAGAUUAAAGAUGUUUAGUUGUGAAGAUUUCAUCCAAGGCAAAAGACACGCUGAAUAUGAGAGAUUGAGUCUUGCAGAUUUUGAACAAAAACUUGCAAUUAGAGAAGAGGCGGGAAUGGAUGUUGCGUCAAAGUUUAUUGCUGAGAGGAAGAUGUUGAAACCGGUUGACAAAACUGCAAUUCAGGAAAUGUACGAUGCAUGUAAGUUGGAAUCUGUUGCAAUGGUGCGUGCUAUCCACUGUCCAUGGGCUUACUCGUCGACCUUCAAGUUUUCUCUUGAUGCUAUGAAUAAUGAAACAUUCACUGUUUCUUUCUCGGGAGAUACUAGACCAAACCCCGAGUUUGCAAAAGUUGGUAGAAAUUCCGACUUGUUGAUCCAUGAGGCGUCAUUGGACAAUGAAUUGUUGGAGGAAGCCAUUGCAAAGAAACAUUCCACGGCCAUUGAAGCGAUUGCUGUGUCUAAAUUGAUGAAUUGCAAUAACUUGAUUCUUACGCAUUUCAGUUCUAGAUGUGGAAUGGGAAGCAACUGUGGACCAGCACAUACUUUGGAGAAGGAGCUGCGAGAUGUGCAUAAACAGAUUAUAGAAAAGAAGCAGCCCAGCAUUUUUGAGAGAAUAAGGAGAUUGGAUGGAAAAUAUGAUCUUGAGCAAAUCAAUAUUUGCUAUGCCUACGACUUGAUGAAUUUGAGAUUGGGUGAAAUUCUGGAAAAGAAAAGUAUUUGGCCAUCUUUGGUUGAUAAGUUUGAGUCGAAUGAAAAAAAGAGGAAAUGGGGCGAGGAAGAGUCAAGCUGA